AUGAGUCUGGUUUUCGACUUCGGUCACAUCGAGAUGGCUUGGUGGGUAGCUGAAGACGUCCGGCAGCACCUCGUGUUUAAGACGCUGCAGAUUGAUAAACGCGAAAUUGUGGUGCAUACAAAGUUUCAGGACGAAAGCGUGCGACGAAGUAUUUGGGACGCCAUCCAGCGGUGUCCGAACGAUAUUCAACAGUUGGCAUCCGGCAGCGAAGCCUCGAGCGUGUCAAUGGGCACGUUCACGAGCGAGAACUUGGUGCGCGUGCGGCCGGCGAUGGUAUCGGCGUCGCUCUCAGCCCCCGCGGGCUCUUCUACAUACUGUACUGAUUAA